AUGGGUCGCAGAAAGGGUGGUUUCAUGACCAUCUACUUUGAUCAACAUGAUCCAUCCUCAGAGAAGCACGACCCCAGCUUUGGUCGACCCUCGGUUUCUGGCCUAGACUAUUCCCCGUUGCCACGUGUUACAGGGCGUUCAUUGGCAAUGGGUUGUCUUGUCUCCAUGGGUGGUCUUAUCUUCGGGUAUGAUACCGGUCAGAUUUCCGGAUUCCUGGAGAUGCCCGACUUCCUGGAUCGCUUUGGCCUCACGCAUUCAGACGGUACAAAAUACUUUAGCAAUGUUAGAGCUGGUCUGAUAGUCGCUCUUUUGUCAAUUGGUACCCUUUUUGGCGCUUUGGUUGCUGCUCCUGUAGCCGAUCGAUUUGGAAGAAAACCAUCAAUCAGUUUCUGGAGUCUAAUCGUAUCAAUCGGAUUUGUGAUUCAAAUCGCGUCCGUUACAGCCUGGUAUCAGCUCAUGAUCGGCCGUUUCGUCUCGGGGUUGGGUGUGGGAGCGCUCAGUUUACUAGUGCCCAUGUACCAGGCUGAGACUGCACCUGCUUGGAUUCGUGGAGCCAUGGUUUGCGCCUAUCAGCUUUUCAUCACCAUGGGUAUCUGGUUGGCUGCUUGUUUCAACUACGGCACUGUCAAGCACCAGGCUGGCAACUCUGGAAGUUGGCGAAUCGUCAUUGGUCUUGGUUGGCUUUGGACCAUUGGCCUCGGAGUCGGUAUCUUGGCCUUCCCUGAAACUCCUCGAUACGAUUUCCGACAUGGCAAUGAGGAAAGAGCUAAGCAGACAAUCUGCCGAGUAUUUGGUGCCACAGAAAACCACUGGGCUGUUCACACUCAAAUCACUGAGAUUGAGCGCAAGUUGCGCGGCGAAGAUCAGAUCAAGCAUGGCCCCGUCAAGGAGUUCAUUACCAUGUUCAAGGCUCCCCGCAUGGCCUACCGUAUUGCUCUCGGUAUGACCCUUCAGAUGCUGCAGCAACUCACUGGCGCCAACUACUUCUUCUACUACGGAACCACCAUCUUCAAGUCGGUGCAGAUCAACUCCUUUGUUACCCAGAUCAUCCUUAACAGCAUCAACUUUGGCGUUACCUUUAUUGGUCUGUACAUGGUUGAGCACUUUGGUCGUCGCAAGUCUCUCAUUGCCGGCUCCAUCUGGAUGUUCAUUUGCUUCAUGAUCUUCGCGUCAGUUGGCCAUUUCAUGCUUAACUUGACCGAUCCUUCCGCCACUCCUACGCCAGGCAUUGUCCUGAUCGUCUUCGCUUGUCUCUUCAUUCUUGGCUUUGCUACUACCUGGGGUCCUAUGAUUUGGACCAUUCAGGCCGAGAUCUUCCCUUCGCGCUAUCGUGCUAAGGGUAUGGCUCUGUCCACCGCUAGCAACUGGAUCUGGAACUUCUGUAUUGGUUUCUUCACCCCCUUCAUUACCGGCGCCAUUGAUUUCAGAUAUGGUUAUGUUUUUGCUGCCUGCAACUUCUUGGGUGCGCUCGUCAUCUACUUCUUCGUCAUCGAAGGCCAAGGCCGCACCCUCGAAGAGAUCGACACCAUGUAUCUCGAGCAUGUCCUGCCCUGGAAGAGCACGAAAUGGGUCCCGCCUCCUCCUGAGCACAUGGCAAACAUUCGCAAGAAGGCUGGUGUUGAUCUUGAUGCAAUUGCAGACCAGGAGAGCGAUGGUCCUUUGGCCGCUGCUCAUUACAACAAGGACUUGUCAUCUCCCGAGGUGCCCUCUCACGAAGAGCAUGUCUAG